CAGCAUCACAUGUGGUCAUCUUUGGCCCUUUUAUUUUUUCGCCUCCCCUUUGAAGGCAGCAGAGCUCGCCUCAUUGAUUUCUGGGCCGUAUGAUAGGUGGACGACGCCAGAAAGGCGAGGAGCGGAAACCAAACGCCAAUCAACGUCAUGGGCCUGGGCCGGAUUUUUUCGCUUGAGCUUUGGGGCGACGAGUGAUGGAUCCUGACGGCGACACCGCCAGCGCCCGCAAAACGACCACUCGUCACGUCACAACGCAGCUCUGCACUGCACUGCGCUGCACAACUCAACGCUGCUCUGCAUUCGCACCGUACUCCUCGUCCUAUUCGCCCUCACGCCGACACGCGCUCGCACCUGACCGACCAACGGCCGUUCUUGCAGCAAACAGGCAUCCGCUCUGCCCGCCCAGUUACUGCGACGGCGAAGAGGACGUGCCUCUCAACGCCUUAUAUUGCUCCUUCUCCACCUUCACAGCCUACACUACGCACCCACACACACACGCUUGCCACUCGCAGAUAGCAGCCUACACAUACGCCUCCCACGCAGUAGUGAUCACCGACAGCGGCGGCCGUCUUGUCCUCGUCCGCUUUCCUACCACGCCCCUCACGUUAGACCGCCCCGAGUGCCGCCAUACCUGCGCCCUGCAAACUGUGCACACUCAGCCUCGCGUGUGCUCCGGCGUGCCUUUGACACCGCAAAGAGAUUGAAAGACAGAAGGACGCGCGGAGCAGACAUCAUCCGCCGCGCCUGCAACCCCCCUCCCAAGAAGGCCACCACUCGAGCAUGAGUGCGGGCGCUUGGCCUUCAGGCACGCUACUAUGACAGUAGACAACUAUUGCACGCGAGAGACGGACGCCUUUGUGCUCAAGCAUGUCAAAUACUACCCAGAGAAGAUCCCCAUAACGCACUGGCAGCUGCGUCACUUCAUCACCAACCCCGAACCUGACAUCCUCUACUAUGCCUCGUCGCGGGAUAUUUUCGCCCUCGACACCUCCACCGGCGUCCGCACUCACAUCACAUGUCUUCCCUUCUGGGCCCGAUGCACUGCCGCCGGCUACGGGUAUAUAUGCGUGGGCGGCGGCGACAGCGGCCAAUUCGCCGUCGUCACCCUCAACCACACCAACACGCUGUCCAAUCUGGACGCCUUGAACUGGGGCCAACGGCCUCGCCCGCCCAGUGUCCAAGUCGAGCAGGCCGGCCGCGAGAUUGUCAACUCUAUAUCAAUUCACAAGCUGGAGGGAAACGAUGAGGCUGGUACGCUCGACGAUGUUGUCGCUGUUAUAACAAACAACGACAAGAAAAUUCGCAUCUUCUCGCUCACACAGCACGCACAAAACACAGUGCUGGAGCUUCCUUUCGCCGUCAACCACGCGACCAUCUCACCUGAUGGCCGAAUUCUCGUUGCUGUGGGCGACUACCAGCAGGCCUAUUUCUAUGAGCGUUCCGAGCUGCCUCUCUCGCCAAGCGACUCCAAGUCCCACCGAUAUGCCUCGGAACGCAGCUCGUGGGAGCUGAUUACUUUUGUCACACUCCAUGUGCCCAAGACCAUCGCGGCCACCGGCUACUUCACCACGGCCUGGUCGCCGUCUGGCAACCUGUGUGCCGUCGCUUCUGAGUGCGGCUACGUCAGUGUGAUCGACAUAGAGGCCCUGCACUUUUUUGAGAACGCGGAAGAUGCAAUCGUUGUCGUUGUGCCCUCAACACGGCCGGAGAACGUUCAUCCCAGUGGUGCCAUCCCUGGCGCAGUCCGUACCAUGCUAUUCGCCCCACAUCCGUGGGAUCUUCUCAUCUGGGCGGAGGAUCAGGGCAGGGUCUGUCUGGCUGAUUUAAGGUCGGGGCUAAGAACCGUGCAGGUCUUGCUGUUAGAUCCAGCUCAUGAGGGUUACGAACGUGUCGACAUGGACGUCAACACAUCCGACUCGUUCUCAAGACGCGGGGAUCCGGAAUUGGAAAGAGAAUACGUCCGGAACUUCAGGACGUACCGACUGCUUCUUACGGAUGACGUUGCCGAUCCAUCUCUUGAAAUCGACAACGAACUGGUUCUGACGGACUCGCGCGCCCUGGCCGAGGGACGUAGUCUGGCCCGGGCGGCGCUUCGGCUGGCGGAUGACACGCAGCUGACCAGAAGGGAGCGUGAACUCCUCGAGUCGCUGCGGAUGGCUGCUCAACCGGACGAAAGAUCGAGCCUGGGCUCAACGACGCGAAGCUUACACUACUCCGAGCUGGCCAACGAGUCCCGACGAUCCACAGCUGCGCAGUCUUCCCUCUUCGCGCAGGACUUUCCAGCGCUGGCCCGACAGAACGAAGAAACGAGCGCGUCAACAAGCACUCUUCCAGCCACCUUUCGUAUCAUGCGGGAUUUCAUGCGCGACCGUACGGAUGAGCACUCCAACGCAUCCACACCCACGCAACGGCGCUCGCUUGCCGCCAGCCGUGCUGCCGAGCUCGAAGACGCGCUGGCAGAGUCGGCAGCAAAUGCCUCCAAUGACGCCCAGGCACCCACCUCGUCUGAGAGAGGCACACUCUAUCAGAUCGAUCUGUCCCGCUCGUCGGCCUCUCGACUGCUAAGCACACUCCGUGCCUCACCUCACGCCACGUCCAACCCGACGUCCAACACUGCGUCCAACAGCGCCGCCAACACCGCCACCAAUGCCGCACCUGCAGCUACCACAAACGCUCUCGACCCAGCCGACACUCGGCGACGUCGUGCCUUACUCCGGGCCCGAGAAAGUGCUCUCGCCUCGGAAUCGAACGGGACCGGUGCAAAUGCCACGACACGAACAUCUGCGGCCGAGACCGCCGCAAGGUAUCAUGCCCGUUUGGGCAACUUCUUCACGAGAGGCGACUACUACGAUCCUGCUUUUGGCCUGAGGACCGCUGGCUUGGCCAUGAGCAGGGAUGGGCGGAAGCUUUGGGCUGCAUGUGACGAGGGCAUCUUCGAAUUUCAGAUCAACGUCCGUGAGAGGAUGAGCAUGGCCGCCAUGGAUUUCAAAUAGUACCUCUUCGAUUUCACCGGCGGUCUACCAUGUAUAUAUCUGUCUUGUUUUUUUCUCUUCGGCUUGUUUUAUUUUACGAAACAUCUUCAUAAGGAGGCGGCUCUUGCUUUUGCCAUGGAAGGACAUUGGGCUGCCUUUUCUCUCUCUCACUCUUUCACUAUUUGAACGCUGUCGCUCACGGAUUGUUGGCAAGGCUACCUCUUCAUCCUUCUUUCGCAUGGUGUUUCGGGAUAAUGGGAAGGAUAAUGGGUUCUUGGGCAUUGCUUGGAUCGACUUGUGUUUACUUCUCUGUCAUUUGGAUGCUGCAAGUGGACUUUGCUCGUCUUCAUUCCUACGUGAGAGCUUAUACAUGUAUGAGUGCUGUAUUCCUUUUUUUUAAUUAACAUGAAAAAAAAAAAAAAAUAAAUACCGGCGGUGCCACUCAGAUGGUCAAAAGCAUAGUGGCGGAUCCUCUCUUUCUA